CUUUUAAUUUUAAAUGUAACGGAAAAAGUGUUUAUGAAUAAAAGUAUUAAGUAAUUGAAAUAAGAAAUUAAUUAAGUAAUAAAUAAUGAAAUUGGUUUAGGAUUAUGGAAUCUAAUGCAGAGUUUGUAAACGUUGCUAUUAGGAUUAAACCUAACAAAUCGAAUAGCGAAAGUCAAUGUUUAUGUAUUAUAAGCCAAGAGCCACCAGUUUUGUUAUUGGUAGAUCGCUCCCAAACAUUUACAUUUGAUAAUAUAUUUUCUGAGGAUGUCUCCCAAGAGACAGUUUACAACAAAACAGUGAAACCCUUAGUUCAUUAUGUUAAGAAAGGCUAUAAUAGCACUGUUUUUGCCUAUGGGCAAACUGGAACCGGGAAAACUUAUACCAUGGGAACAGAACCUAAUGUAACAGACCAAAAAAAUGUCGGUCUUAUUUUAAGAACAUUAAACCAGUUUUUUGAAUAUAACGAUGACGACGAUUCUGAAGUUGAAAUCCUUUUAUCUUUUAUCGAAAUAUACAAGGAAAAAGCUUUUGAUCUGUUACAAAAUGACACUAAUCCUCUUAAAGUCAAAGGGGUAAAAGUAGAAGGAUUUAACAAAGAGAAAGUUUAUAGCCUUAAUGAAGCAAUACAUUUUUUAAAAAUGGGCAACAAGAAUAGACAUACUCGGGGGACCAACCAAAAUUCACAAAGUUCAAGAUCUCACGCAAUAUUUACGAUUUAUUGCAAUACAAAACAUAAGGACAUAGAAACCAGUGCAAAAUUAAACUUGGUGGACCUAGCAGGAUGCGAAAGUGUCAAAAAAACUGGAACUUCCGGUAGUUCUUUCCAAGAAGGUAUCAAUAUUAAUAGAGGUCUUCUGUCGAUAGGUCAAGUAAUGACAGCAUUGUCAAACAAUUCAACAUUUAUUCCUUACAGACAGUCUGUAAUUACGUCAAUAUUGAAGGACUCCUUGAACAAAAACAACUUCGUCUCAUUAAUCGCUUGUGUUAGCCCCAUUGCAGAAGACAGUACUGAAACAGUACAGACCUUAGAAUUUGCACAAAGAGUAAAGAGGAUUAAGAGUAAACCAGAAGUUAAUGAAGUCAUAUCCCAAUUCAGAAAGGAAAAUCCUCUUCUGUUCCAAUUGAAAAUGAACACCCCGUUUAAGAGACCAUUAUUUAUGAAUACUCCUAAACCACCUAAACAACAAAAAUUGUCAAUAAUAAGUGAACCUUCGUACUCCUCAAUUAUAACAGACCAGAGUCACAGUCCUAAAUCGUUAUCAUCAAGUGUGGCAUCUUCAAUAACAAACACUCUAAGAUCAUCCCUGGACUCAGUUUCUGCUCCACAGGCUCUAAGUCCUAUUAUUAGGAAAUAUAUGACUGCAAUGGAAUCUUCCUUGAUGGAUAAAAUAGGAAGUGUUAUUCAAAGUACUUUAAAGACUGAGUCUAGAGAACAGGUUAUGGAAAAAGAGAAUCCUAGAACACCAGAACUCACGUGGGCAUUAAUCAAAAAUGAGGUUUCGAAGAUUGUUAAGUCAGAGGUAGCUCAGUUAACUGGUAAUGAAGUAAGAGCUACGAGUAGUCCUCUUGGUGAGCAUCUGGAUGAUGUCAGAAAAAUUUUGAAUUACGACAUCAGUCCACUAGCUGAACCAGGAACUAGUACCACAGAAUAUGAAUUUAAAGUACCUGAAUUACCGGCAGAACAGAAGAGUACCUCUUUCGCUUUAUCCCCAAUUGAAAACAUCAUGCCGAGACGAAGUAUGCGUCUAUCCAUGAGAAGAAGAUCUAGAUGUAGUAUAAAUAAUAAUAAUAAAAGUAGUGUAGUUGAUUUAGAAGUGUCUAUUGAGUCGUCACUUUCAUUCAGAGAGGAUAUAAAGCUUCUUGAACAAACUCUAAUAGAUAACAUUGAAAAUUCUGUAGAAUGCAGCACAUGGAAACCACCAGUUGCUCCUAGGAGAAGUAUGAGGAUACGAAAAUCUGUCAAUCCGUUACAAAAUAAACUACAGGGAAAGACGAAAAAGCAGUUAAAUGUGUUGAAUACCCCUGCAGGAAAAAGACUUUUGAAGACAACACAGAAGGAUAGUCCUCACACGUCACACACCAAAGGCGUUUUACAUACUAUAAAUUAUGGAAGUAGUAGAGAAAUUGGAAAGUUACAAUCUGUAGGACCAAAAACAGCACAACAUAUUUCCCUUUUCAGGGAUAUCAAAGGUAAAUUAAGCACGCUUUCCGAUCUAAAGCAAAUUCCUGGAUGGGGACCGAAAAAAUUUGACAGAUUUGUUGAGCAGAAUUUAUUGAAAGAGGAGCUACUUUAACCGUACUAGCAUUAUCUGCGCCUUCCGUACGAUUGUAACUACAGAGUUGUCAUUUAUUUUAGAUAUUUUAAUUUUAUGAUUACGCAAAGACGAGGGGGGACACGAGAAAAUCGAGGCCCGAUGAUUCUGAAAUGACAGAAGUUAUAAUUUUAGCUGACUGUACUAAUUUUUGUAUUUAGAAAAUAUUUAUUUUGAAAGAAGAGCCAAAGUUUCAUGUUCUUUUAAUGAUUUUAUAUUCACAAAGUUCAUUAAAUUAAAGCUAAUAUUUUAUUGUAAGAUGUAUAUUAAAUAAAUGGAGACAAUUUAAAUAUAUUUUAUAACAGGAA